UUGUGAGUACCGAAUCGGUACUUCGAGUCAACCGAUGUACCCGUUACUCAGUAACGAAUACAUGCAGUUUGCUCCAGCUCUAGUGUUUAUGUUUCUGAAUGGCGCGUGUUUCAACCGCUUGUCCUUUUACUUGGCAAAAAUGUUGUUCGCGUUCAAGUCCAUUCACUUUGAUGGACACUUUUUUAACUUUCUUAUCUAUAGGAUCAUUUCUGGCUGACAUAGGAACUGAUCUGAUUGUGAUAAUUCAGUAUUAUAAAGAUGAUCAUAUUAUGUGGAUGCUUCUGACCACAAGUCUUGUGUGCAUACCUUCCUUAAUCGUGCAGAUUUUCAGUGUAAGAUGGUACAUUAUUGAUGGAAGAGCAUCCAACAGUUUAUGGAUAAUUCACAUUUUUCAAUUAGGAUUAUUUCACAGGUACAUAAAAUUAUUACAGCUGGGAUUAAAAGUAAGAAAAACAAAGAAUUCAAUAGAUUUGCAAAAUUUUAAUCAACAACAAAGUGAUAUUUGCAUGCUGCGUUUGUUUGAAUCUUUUACUGAAUCUGCACCUCAACUGGUUCUACAGUUAUAUAUUAUGGUGAGCACUGAAGAAUGGAAUCCUUGGACAGGAAUAUCUGCUGUAGCAUCUGUUUUAUCCCUUGGUUGGGGAAUUUCUGCUUAUAGUAAAUCAAUGCGCAGUGUCCGUCCAGAGAAGAAAACUCUUUCUUGGUGGGGUCUAUUAUUCCAAGCACUAUGGAGAAUUGGUAUGGUGUCCUCUAGAGUAACUGCUAUGGUACUUUUUGCAGCAAUAUUUGGUCAAUGGUUGUUACUUGUAUUUGCAUUACACUGGUUGAGCAUGACCGUGUGGGUCUUUAUGCAAAAAACAGACUUUUGUACAACAUGGUGGGAAGAAAGACUUUACAAUUGUGUUGUUGGAGCCAUUUACUGCUUCUGUUUCUUCAACUUAAAAGAAGGGAAGUCUCGAUUCCGAAUGAGUCUCUAUUAUUCUUUGACAAUUGUGCAAAAUACAAGUUUUGUUCUGACAUUUUAUUUUUCGGAUAAAAAGAGUCAUAGUUUAAAAGAUGUUAUGGCAUCAUUUGUGCCCUGUGGAAUGAUAAUUGGAUUAUGCAGUAUGAUGAUAUAUUAUCGCUUUUUUCAUCCAAGUGGCCCAAUAACAUUAUUUCGUUCAAAAUUUUCAAGUGAAUAUCAUGACGAACCAUCAAACAACAACAAAAAUAUAACAUUAAACUACAGCAAUCUGAAAACUAGCCGCAGGAUGCAUGUGACUACAGAUAUAUAUCCAGCAGAUGACUGUGAUUUUCCUAUACACCAGGUCACACAGUUAAAUGGAGAUGUAAAUACUAAUGUUUCUGUCAUUUCAGCAGAACAAAAUGUAUCUUGUGUUUCAGAUUUGCACAGGUCUCAUUCACUUAACUGUAGUCUAGGCUCAUAUGGUUUUGUGGAGCCAAAAAUAGACAUAGUUUCUAGACAGAGAAUCAAAAGAAACGCAUUUGCUAAUAGGCAUAGGCAAAUUAAUUACCAUUUUCGUCCAGCUGUAGCUUUUGGAUGCUUGUCAUCCAACAUACAUUGUUCUUGCUUGAUUUUAACCAAAGAUAUAGACACAAAAAUUCCAGAUAAUCCUGUAGGUACAGAUGCAAAACAUUCAGCAUCUCUUCCUAAUUUAGAAGUCAGCUUUGAAUCAGAAGACAUAAGUUAUCCUUUUUCCAUAUCAGCAAGUAGUUCAUUAAAAUCAUCAGGAUUUAAAAAUACUAGUUAUUCUAGUCAUACGGAAUCAUCUAGUCCACCAUUAAUUUAUAAUGAUCACAUCAUUAGGCUAAAUAUUGAGAUGCCAGAAAUGUUUGUAAAAUGUUGAUUUUUUACAUAAAAUUUGAUAGCUUAUAUUCAAUCUAUUUUGAGUAACUCAUGAUGAUAAAAAGUAUAUUAUCAUUCUUCAUAUGUGUAAAAAAAGGGUCACAUAUGUGAAAAAGGGAAGCAUCUUUUCAGGGGAUGCAAAACACAAAAUAAGUAUAUAAAGGUAGAAACCAAGUGAGAUAUAUUUGCACAAGCUUAUCCUUGCUCAUUAUAUUCUUGACACAUUAAGUUGAUAGAAUUUUCUGACCUAUUGUAAUAACAAUGAUAAGCUAUACGAAUUUUGAUGUUAUAUAUCAUGUUGUUGAAGAGUACUUUGAAUGUAAAAGUAACUACAGAUUAUUAUGUUUAACAAUAUAUUUUUUUAUCUAUGUACAGUGAGAGCAAUUUUUAAAAUUUAAAAAAAUUUUUAGACUGCAUAAUUAACUCACAGGAUUUUCAUUAGAUAAUGAAGAAUAUUUUAAAUACAUAUUCUUGUUCAUGUUACAAUUAAAUUUUCUAUUUUGUACAGAAACCAAUGCAUGAAAUUUCAAUCUCAGCAAGCUUAACAUAAAUCAUUUUCUGUUUUGAUUUCCCUAUUUGCUGAAAAAUUUUAACUACAGCUCUCUAAGUGACACUAAUAAUAAUAUGGAAACAAUAAAAGUUCUUAAUUUCAGUUUAUUUCCAUUUCAGAUUAAGUGAUUGAUUUUUAUUCUGUUUUUUUUUUUAAAAAUUAUUUAUAUUAUUACAAAUCAUCAUAUUAGUGUAGCAGUAGUAUUUCUUAUGAAUAUGGUUUAUUUAUUCCUUAAAAAUAGAAAAUAUUAUAUAUGUGUAAGUUAACAACUAAAAAAAUACUUAAUUUUUAAGGAUAGGGGAAAAAGAAUAUAUAUAUAUUGUCGCAAAUGAACAGGCAAGUACUCAAGUCUAAACUCAAGACUUUUUAUUAUCUCAAACUGAAUGAAGAACUACUUAUAUACAGCUGAUGAACAUGCUGGAACAUUUCAGACUCGAAAUGUUCUGGAAGAAUAAGAAGGAAAUUUACAUAAAUAAGACAACAUUAACAAAAAGGAGACUUACAUAAAAACAAUUAUCAGGCAUCUUGCCCUUGAUGGGUUUAGAACCCGGGACCUUCGGAUUUCGAGUCCUGUGUCUUCUCCACUAAGCUACGAGGAGCUCGUGCGAAAGGAGCAAUUUUCGCUGCAAUAUAUAUAUAUAUAGAGAGAGAGAGAGCUGAAAAAUCUGUUAAAUUAAUUUUCAUUUCAUACUUUUCCUUUCUAUGCAGUUAAAUUGAAAGGAAAAGAAGGAAUAAAAAUAUAUUCUUAAAAGCAGGAAAAAAAAUUCUAACUAACUAAAUGAACUUAUAAACUGUUUCUUUUUUAGCCCAAAAGUCUCGAAACACAAUGUUGUGCUGAUUUACUUCAAAUGUCAUCUUCUGUGAAAAUUUUGUUUCGCUUUCAAGUAUAUUGUCAUUCGGCAAAAUGUACUGUUUCAAAUUCAAUCUAUCUGUUAUUCAUUAAG